AUGUAUAUUUUCUUCACAGUGACGCUUGCUAAAAAGAAAGCGUCACUGGGAGCGACAGCAAUAACGACAAUGAUGGGUGACUAUGAGUAUGACAACGAUUUUGAAGCCGGAAUAACGCGUUAUGAGGAGAUAUACGUGGAUUUCUGUGUGUGUAUGUGUGUAUGUGUGUGUGUUUGCGUGUGUGUCUGGGUGUCUGUGUGUCUGUGUGUGUUUGUGGGUAUGAGGGGAGGGGGGCACUUCGUGAGUGAAUUGAAUUUUCGUGAAGUAUUCCAAAUAUGUGGUACCGUUAGUAGUAUGCACAGCAGGCAGACCUAUCCAUGUGAAAUGAUAUUAACGCGAUGUGCAUCAUUAGUAAAGAGCGUUGGAGGGGUAGUUGUGAUCCUUAGCGAUGUCUGUGGUGAUGGCGACGGUGAUGGCAUUAGUGGUUGUGUUACUGGUGGUGGCAACGGUGACUGUGAAAAACCGUUUUUUUUUGUUUGUUUGGUUGAUAUGGCAUCGGGUCAGCCGCCCAACAAUGAAGCCAUGUUACCUUAG